AGACCUGAAAGUGGCACAUGGCAGAGUGUGGCGAUGGAGACAGCAGCAAUGGGAGGCCGUACAGGGACCCAUGAGAGGGACUCUGGACCUGGCAGCAGCAUGAGGAGGCGGUACAGGGGGCCCAUGGCAGAUUAGGGGCCUGGCAGCAGCUAUGGGAGGCCCGUAAUCUGCCAGCACCCUAUGACAAAAACUGGCAUGAGAGACAGCAUGAGGGGCGGUACAGGGGCCCAUGGCAGAUUAGGGGCCUGGCAGCAGCUAUGGGAGGCCCGUAAUCUGCCAGCACCCUAUGACAAAAAAUGGAACACACCAGCAGUGUGUGAGGAGACCUGAAAGUGGCACAU